CGGGGAAGGGGGCGCGAGGAGGACGGACGGACGGGGUGAGAGGAUGUGAAGAUGGCGGAGCUGCAGAUGCUGCUGGAGGAGGAGAUCCCGGGGGGGCGCCGGGCUCUGUUCGACAGCUACACGAACCUGGAGCGGGUGGCCGAGUACUGCGAGACCAACUACAUCCAGUCAGCAGAUAAGCAGCGAGCCCUGGAAGAAACCAAAGCCUACACAACCCAGUCAUUAGCAAGCGUAGCCUAUCUGAUCAACACUUUGGCCAACAAUGUUCUCCAAAUGCUCGAUAUCCAGGCAUCACAGCUUCGGCGCAUGGAAUCUUCAAUCAAUCAUAUUUCACAAACGGUGGACAUUCACAAAGAGAAAGUUGCUAGAAGAGAAAUUGGUAUCUUGACUACAAACAAAAACACCUCAAGAACUCACAAAAUCAUUGCACCAGCUAACUUGGAGCGACCAGUUCGCUACAUCAGGAAACCUAUUGAUUAUACAAUUCUAGAUGAUAUUGGACAUGGAGUGAAGGUCAGCACACAGAACAUGAAGAUGGGUGGGCUGCCUCGAACAACACCACCCACCCAGAAGCCACCAAGUCCACCAAUGUCAGGAAAAGGAACUAUUGGGCGUCACUCUCCCUAUCGCACGCUGGAGCCGGUGCGGCCCCCGGUGGUACCAAACGACUACGUGCCUAGCCCAACACGCAAUAUGGCUCCCUCGCAGCAGAGCCCCGUGAGAACAGCGUCAGUCAAUCAGAGGAAUCGCACAUACAGCAGCAGUGGGAGUAGUGGAGGAAGCCACCCGAGUAGUCGGAGCAGCAGUCGAGAGAACAGUGGAAGUGGAAGUGUGGGAGUACCUAUUGCCGUUCCCACACCAUCUCCUCCCAGUGUCUAUCCAGGUCACCCAGUUCAGUUCUACAGCAUGAACAGGCCUGCAUCUCGACACACGCCCCCAACAAUAGGGGGAUCUCUGCCAUAUCGGCGCCCUCCUUCGAUCACAUCACAGACAAGCCUUCAGAGCCAGAUGAACGGAGGACCAUUUUAUAACCAGAACCCAGCAUCCCUUGCUCCUCCUCCCCCCUCCAUCCUACAGGUAACUCCACAGUUACCGCUAAUGGGAUUUGUGGCCAGAGUUCAAGAAAACAUUUCAGAUACUCCUCCCCCGCCACCGCCUGUGGAUGAGACGGUGUUUGAUGAAUCUCCACCUCCACCUCCACCUCCAGAGGAUUAUGAGGAGGAGGAAGCAGCUGUGGUGGAGUACAGUGAUCCUUAUGCUGAGGAGGACCCUCCUUGGGCACCAAGGACCUACUUAGAAAAGGUGGUGGCAAUCUAUGACUACACAAAGGACAAAGAAGAUGAGCUGUCAUUUCAGGAAGGUGCCAUCAUUUAUGUCAUCAAGAAAAAUGAUGAUGGCUGGUAUGAGGGUGUAAUGAAUGGAGUGACAGGGCUCUUCCCAGGAAACUAUGUGGAGUCCAUCAUGCAUUACUCGGAGUAAAGACCAGAGGAGAGAACGCUGCAUCUCCUGCUGCAGGAACUGUCAGGGCUUCCCAGGUCUCCACCAGCCUCUGGGGCCCCAUCCACUAUAACUGAAUGAAGGAUAAUUGUAACAACCACUCUUCUGGGUUUGUUUUGGGUUUUUGUUUUUGUUUGUCUUCCCCCCCCACCCCCAAUUAUAAAACAAUAGUGAUUUGAGUUGUUUGAACAAAUGGCUCUUCCGGCUGCCAGCAGAGGCUAUCCUGAGCCAUCUGAUGUUGAAUUAAGCUGACCCAUUCAGAUGUAACAAACUCACUGAGCAGCUGAUACUUCACUUGAAUUCGGACAUCUUCUGACAGGCUUUGGGAUCUGUCUCAGGAAUCCUGUGUGCCCCCCUGGUACUACCCUUGGCAGCAGUGCCUGGCACUUGGGAUGUCCUGGAUGCUUGCGCUGAGGGAUUACUGGCCAGUGGACAUCCUUCCUGUUCCUACGCUACACUCCUGUGCAGCUGGAAGAAGCCAUGUGCUAGCAAACAUGGGAUUUCUACGCAGAGCCAUUCCUAUAACUGACUUUCAGCUAGUUGAGUACAUCUUUAGCAUAAACCCUUCUGCAGCUGCUCUGCACAUGUAGGCUGACACAGGGGCACACAGAGAUGGCUUUUGUUUACACGCUUUCCAAUUUAGACAAUGAAGAUGGCUGCAGCCCAGAGGACCCCCACCUCCAUUUCCUCAUCUUUUGAAAGCCACAGAUUUGUUUUAUGUUUAGCACUGAUGUCCGUGUGCUCCUCUCUGCAGCGAGCUGCUCGCCAUGGGAGCUGCCGGGUUAAACGGAACUCUCAGAUACCGUUAACGGUGAAGGCAAAACAGUUUACAGGUCCUCCUGGGAUCUGAGGAUGAACUCUAGGGGCUGUGAUCUAAGGUUCAAGUCUAUUCACGCCUGCUUGCACUAGAGAAACUUACCCCCAACUUUAGUCUUAUGCACAAUAUAAUCUUAAAAAUCCAAUCAGGUAGUGUAAAUUGGCUAUUUUGUACUUGAUGACUAGAUUUGCAUAUGUACUGUGAGAGCCCUGUGCAGAGGCAGGACAAACGGAGAUUGUCGUCUUCAUGUCUGUUGCCAAAAUCUCUUCAGUGGAAGUAAAAAGGGCUGUUGUGUGUACUGGUUUCCCAUGGAAAUCCAAGCAGUAACUAGUAGUAGUCCUAGCUCUUCCCCCAGCCCUCUCCAUGGUUUAUUGUAAAGAAAUAGGUAUUUUGAGCUGCACUGGUGGAUCUGGGGUAGAGUAAUACCAAGUGAAGGCUCUGUAGCCCCUUGUCUUGAUAGUUUGCUUUAAUCCAAUCUCAAUUAAAAAUGCUGCUCAGUGGUUCUGCCCAGCAGAUCAGUGUAAAGUGAUGGCUGUACGAGUCUGCCCUGAGGAAGGACUACUUGUUAUCCUUGGGUAAAUGUCAUGCAUUGACAGAGUGACCUGAUUAAACCUCCUGUUGCAGUCCUGUUAGCCUGCAGACUGAGCUGCCCCUGUACCAUGAGAGCCCCCCCAGCCAGGGCGUCUGCCUGGACAGCAUUUUCCUGUUGCCUGGGCAAGUGCCAGCUGGUGCCCAGCGCAGUGUGCCACAGCAUGAUGGGCCACAGUGGGACGGGCCACGGGAACAGCAGAGUGCCAGGGAGGGGGUGGACACGAACAGUGGACUGCCCAGUCCUUGGCAAUUAGUGCAGUAUCAGGAUGGAGGAGUGGGUUUGGUGCAAAUCUGGGCAGGGAGGAGCCAUAGCUGCCCAACGGGAAAGAAGAAGGAAACAAACAGGUGAGGGGUGUUUGUGGGCCAUGGAUGGAUGUAAUCACCUGCUGUGAGCUUGCGUAAGAGGAUGCUAAACCCUGUGGCAUGGUAUAAGGAACCAGUUUGGUUGAAGCCUGCAGGAGGUACAGCUUUGAAGAAACCAGUGCAAAGGUGGAAGUUACUUUAUCUCUUCUCAAUCCACAGUUGAGUAGCCAAGACACUUCUUGUCUUUCUUGGAAGCUGACAGCAUUGGGAUGAGUGUUAGCCUGAGCAGGUACUUUCCAUCUUGCUCUGUGAAAACUUUAGUCUCGCAGGAAGUGCCAGAAGCAGCCGUGGUCAGUUCUUUCAGCCCAUGGUUUCUCUGGGAGCAAGCCUAGAAACAUGGAUUGUGCAGGGACUGCUCUGGCUGUUUCUGUUGUCAUAGGGCAGGGCAGUUGAACAGCAGUGUUGCACAAGCCUUUGGUGCUCACAGGGUGGCUGUUUUCCAGGACCGUUAGAGCUUUCCUGGCUUCGCUUGCCCUGGGUAGUGUGUGGUAAAGACUGAGCACACAGGGCUCAAAUGCAUCAUUACAGCGUCUCAGCGAGUUACUAGAAGAGAGCUGAUCACCUCUCCGUGUGCACCCGUGCUCCAGCUAGGAGGUCAUGCACCAGUGAGGAUUGUCUUUAGCUCCAUCGGAGUAAAAGCAUGUGCUUGAUUGUGUCUGACGGCUGGGGAUGGUGGGUACUUCACAUGUCCUUCAUGCAGGUGGUGGUUCAGUUGCAAGGCGCAGAGCGUCGUGAGUGCUGGGAAGGGCUGAGUGCUUGCCAGAACUCAGCACAGGUGGGGCUGCACAACCUUGAAAGGAAUGCAUGCAGCUCCUUAAAGAACUGACUUUGCUGGGCCAGGGGUUAGCAUGGUCCCUGCUGUUAGCACGUGGAACUGUUUAUCCUGCAAGAACUGCUGUGGAUGGAAUUUUUGGGUCACCUCCUGCUGGUUUUAUGCUUUAUUAUGCAGUACUAAUGUAAGGAGAUUUGUUGAGUUUUCUGCAUAUUUUUUAUUUUGUACAGAUUUUAAUUCUGUGGCUUCUUUGGGAAUGAUGUGAUGUAAUGGUCAUAGACCAAGCCAAGGUAAACAGGCUUUGUAUGUUAAUGUUACAUAGAUUGCAUGCUAGUAAAGUCAGUGAGGAUUGUGUUUCCAGUUUUGUCCUUUGUACUUCUCCAAAAACUUCUCUCCCUGCUGCCCCUUUUUAAUUUACAUGUUUACUUUAAAGGGAGAGGGUGUGUGUGAAACACCUCAGUAUUUCAUGUCUCUUCACCAAGUUCUGCUGGCACAGCUGAAGGCGUUCAGUCUUGUAGGCUGUUGAAUCAGCAGCGUGUAUGCAUGAGAGAGCGGUGGGGGAAGAAGACACUCCAGAACAGCCCAGAGUGCUGCGUGGCCAAAAUGAAUCUGCUUCUCCCUUUGUGCAAGCUGUUUAGCCCAGCAGCUGGUUUUGCUGCGCACAGCAAUUGGUCAGCAUCCUCUAGUGGUGUGUUUUGCCUUGGUUUCUCUUAACAGGGAUUUCUCCCUUGCUCUCUUGGCUCCGGGGACAGAGCUAUUAACUACAGCUGCCUCUCUGCCAUCGGCCUGCAUGAGGAGGUCUGACCAAGACUGUCCCCCUGUAGUGCAGAAGCAGGUUAUUUCGGUGCCUUCUUUCCAGACUGAGAGGUGGCUGAGGCUGCAUCUGUCUCACACAGUACUUUUUGUUCCCCUCUUUGUCUUUUAUUCCCCCCUGUGAUGGAUUCAGGUUGUUUCUGUCAGUGGCUGUUGCAGCCACUGUUGCAGUGGCGAGGCAGGAGCGUCAGGUUUGCACGUGAAGAGUCCCAGAGUUUGGCACAGGCUGCAUGGAGCCGAGGGCCUGGCAGCUGCAGGUGGUCUUCAGGGCAGGUGGCACAGUGAUGAGCGCUAGUGGGAGCCCCAUCACUGCACUGGGCUCAGCUUGUCUGUGCAGCUUGUCGGGCUGGAUGUUCCGGAAAGCAGCUGGACAUUGCUGCUGGUUGGAGCCACAGCUCCCCACAGCCCCGGUGGCCUGCAACUGGGAAGCUUGCCAGUGGGUGCCAGGGAGGCUUAUAGGUGGCUAGUUCUUGCUAGAGCAGUUUGUUCCCCUUUCACAGCUCCUGGGCAUUUUCUUUCUUUGCUGUUGAGGGUCUUGGUGACAGCCACAGUUGAUGUUGGCAGUGGUGCAACUUCUGAAAUGAGGCACUUUUAGCUACGGCAUUUCAGCUGACAAAGGGAGCACAGCAGCAGCCAGCCUGGGGCUCCUGUGGCAGAGGUGGAGCUGCCUGCCCAGCAGUGUGUGCCUGGUGUUGGAGAGGUGCAGGAGGGUUGUUCAACCACUGCAAACCGUUGUGCUUCUAUGGUGGUGUCCCUGACGUGUGCUCUUCCCAGCAACUCUCACCACCUCCUGUUGUGUGCUAUGGAUGUGCCUUGCUGCUGGAAAUUAGCUCUUUCUGGUACUCUGGGCGUCAGGCAUAAUGCAAAGGAUGUGACUGUGCAGGUCAGUAAGCUGGGAGCAUUUACAGUGAGGUGGAACAGGACGUGGUGAAACAAGCAGUGCCUCUGUUCUCAGGAGGGCGAGCUGCUGGCGGGUGCUGAUGGGAAAGCCCAGGUGCUGUGGCUGCCGCUGGGAGCAUCCAGAGUCAUAGAUGGAGCACUGCAGCAUUGCAGGACAUGUUACAAACCCAGGGCAGAGGACUCCUAUGUGGACAGCAGUGGCAGUGAGGAACACAGAGCUCUGUGGCACUUGCUAAGGCAAAUACGACCCUUAUCCUUAGAGCAGAUGGUGGUGUGGUGAGCCAAGCACUGGCAGGUAGAUGAUGGGCUACAGAUUAUGGGGCACCACUUGCAAGAAUUUACUGUGCUCACAGCUAUAUUCACCUUCUCCAUCCUUUGGCAUCCCUCAGUAUUAGGCACAGAAACAUUUUGUGAAUAAUAUGGUAUCACACAAAGGUCAGAACACUACAAGAAGGAAACAGCUUGUGGUUGAUUGUUUUGGGGUCUCCCCUGCUCAGUAGCCAAAGUCAGUGUGUAGUAACAGUCUUCUUGAUCUACUUUUGAGUUUGAAACUGCAAGAAUAGUGGGGCUCCCAGCUCCUGUCCUGUUGAAGGCUGCUGAGAGCAGCCUUCUUUUACAAAAACUUCAUUCACGGACCAUGGUGUUCUGCUGCUUUUAAUUCCAAAAAACUCACUCGUGUUUUGUGCAAUCUCCUGCCUGUGCAGGAAGUGGGUUUUUUUCUUUGGUACUCUAAACUUAAUAACUUUAUUAGCACCUGUGCUUAUUACAAGAUGUAUUACAGAUGAGUGUGGGCAGCAGCAGCCUGUUGCCCGGAGGUGCAGCCUACACCCUGUGUCUGGCUGCCCACUGCCAGGGGGCUCUCUGAAAUGGCUGCGGUCCAUUUGAUCCCAUUUCUCUUAAAACCUCAGAGGACUCCUACCACUAUUGACUAAUGAGGAAGAGCUGUGUACAAACCCAUUUCCAUUACAGCGCCUUGGUAAAGUGCUGACAUGUCUGAGAUUUUUUUGUAAAGAACAAGUGCUUCUUUUCACAUUUGAAAAAGUGUCUUUUGCAACUUGCAUGGACAAGUAGUUUCUAUGAAUUCUCUGGAAGUGUCAGUGUCUAACAUGGAUUUUGUCCAUGCACUUUUCUGAAAGCAGACACCCUCCAGCUCCUCUUUGGUUUGCAGGCAGAGGAGCAGCACGCUGGGCUUUGCUUUUGGCGCUGCUGCUGCAGGGGGUGAGUGCGGAGCCCGCUGCCAGCGACUGAGCCCCAGGACUCUGCCUGGGGAGCUGUAUGCCCGCCACUGAUGUUUUAUUGUGUGUGCCAUUUGAACCACCUUCCAGUGAGUGCAAAACCCAAUUUUUAAAUUUUUUUAAUUGUACUUGGAAUUAACUGUUGCUGUGUACUAAACCCUCUUGUUACGAGCCCUAAAUAAAAAGAACAAAGCACA